AGCUAGUUCCUGUGUUGACAGAGCUGAAGGGGAGGCAGGGGUGGAGGGAGCAGAGGCAGGGAUGGGGGGAGUACUGAGAAUCCAUAGAUGAGAGAGCUGGAGUCCUUUUCCAUCAGGAACCCCCUCCACCCCUGCAGUUGGAGUUUCUCCCAGUCUCUGUGCUCUCCUGGGGCAAGAAAGGUCAAACAAGCUGUUUGGGUGGGAAAAGAGAAUGGAGGAAGUUGACAGAGAUGGGCGGGGCUCGGGGGGGGCUGACCAGGAACCCAGCUUCCUGCUCAGUACCCAGGCGUCCAGGCCCCCAGCUCACCCCCACCCCUUCCAGCCCCCAUUCCCUCAGGAACCCAGGGUUCCUGCCCUCCUCCCAAAUCCCAGCCGCCCCUCCCCCACCAGUUUCUCCCCACGCGGGGAUGGAGACAGAGAGACUCCAGGAAGAGGAUGGUGAGCAGGGACGCACUCAGGAUGAGCAGGGCUGGCCCCCUCUGAGGUCUACCACUCGGCCUUGGCGAUCUGCUCCUCCAUCCCCUCCUCCUCCAAGGACCGGCAGCACAGCCCUGGGGCCCCGUGCGGCCUCCCUGCUGUCCCUGCAGACUGAGCUCCUCCUGGACCUGGUGGCUGAGGCCCAGUCCCGUCGCCUAGAGGAGCAGAGGGCCACCUUCCACGCUCCCCAGAACCCCCCAAGCCCAGCUGCAGCCCUGCCCCGGCCCCUGGAGGACAGAGAACAGCUCUACAGCACCAUCCUCAGUCACCAGUGCCAGCGGAUGGAAGCCCAGCGGUCAGAGCCUCCCCUACCCCCAGGGGGCCAGGAGCUCCUGGAGUUGCUGUUGAGAGUUCAGGGUGGGGGACGAAUGGAGGAGCAAAGAUCCCACCCACCCACACACACCUGCUGAGACUCUAGCCCCAGCCAGCCCCUCCUCCCUCCUGGGGCUCAAAGCCCUGCUUGGCACGGGUAGCAGGGACGGAAGACACAGAAGAAAUCGCAGCCUUCGUGGCCCUCGGCACAGUCCCGGGGAACUGGAGGGGGUUACAGGAAGUCCUCACACCCUGGGAAGGCAGGUAGGACGGUCACUGAACUCCCUCGCCUCAGUCGUGUGCCAGAGCUUGAGGCUGUAGGGACCCCGCGAGGGAGGUCCGGGAGAGGUUGGGAGUCUGAUUUCCCGGGGUCAAGCAGGAGGGAGGGUGUGAUCGAGCGCUCAGGAUCGCGAGAAACGGCGGAUCUCCCGAGGCUACGACCUAUGAGGCAGCGCUACCCUCCUUCCCAGUGAGAAGAAAGGGAGGCCGGGCCCCACGGGCCUGGAGGCCCCGCUCACCCUGCCUCCCACUGCUGCUCCGAGCCCAUCUUUAGUCUGGGUUGCACGAAUAAAUGUGAUUCCCCUCCGGACUGAGGACUGAUGGUGUCUGGGUGGGGUGCGGGGGGGCGGCAGGCAGGUGAGGCUGGAGGCCGGGACUCCCUCAGGCUGGCCAGAGGCCAGCUCCCCUCCCCGGAUGGUUAAUUACUGGCUCAUUAAGCAGCGGCUGGAGACCUCCCUAAUUAUCUCCCCCAACCCCCCUCUCCCGGUUUUAAU